CAGACAAUGACGUGUGGGUGACGUCAUAACCCCAGCCAUCUUUCACGCGUUUGCUGGGAAAGGUAAAGUUUGCCCCCCCCCUCCGAAAUGUCAGUCAUUACCGGAAGGAGCAGAGAUUCGAGAACUCUGGGGACUAAACCGGACCGGUGGUGAAGAGACUUUUUGUAAGGAGCCGUGGAGGGAUGCCGGUCGUCCCUCAGACGUGUGGUCACGCGCGCGAGCCGCUCGGUUGCCGCGCGCUGACUUCGGCGCUGGUUGAACUGUCAGUGAAAAGCGGCGGAGUUCUCGCUUUACGGCAGAGCGUUGCCGUGCGUGUGCGCGUGCAGGGAACGGUGGCAAGAUGGCGUCUCUGCAGGAGGAGCGGGUUUACGGACUGUCCUGUGGAAGAGUGAGCCGCGGCAGCAGCGUCAGCGUCCUCCACGUCCGGCUCACCGACAGCGCGCUGCGGGCCUUCGAGGGAUACCGGGCCACGCAGGUCCGGUCCUCUCAACUGCUGAUCAGAUUUAAUGGAAACCAAGGGAAAAUGUUGAUCCCUCAGUCAGAGAACGGCAGCGAGUUGCAAACGUUCACCUUCGACGUGACAAAUGUGGGCAGAGAUAACCCUCAAGGCAGCUUUGACUGCAUCCAGCAGUACAUCAGCAGUGAAGGGAGUAUUCAGCUGGAUUGUUUGGGUGGAAUCCAGGAAAAAAUAAUCGUCCGCGCCACUGACGAUUCAUACCAAAAAGCCCGGGAAAACAUGGCCCAGGUGGAGGAGGAAACUCGCAGCCGGGGUGCCAUCGUCAUUAAGCCUGGGGGAAGAUAUGUAGGCAAGAAGGUCCAAAUCCGAAAGCCAGUGGCGCCCUCUUCAGACGUGGCUCCUUCUCGGAGGACUUCCCGGCCAGUGCUGAUCUCCAGCAGUGCUCAGAAGAAAGGGGCGGGGCAGCUGCGACCCCUCCGCGAGCGCCUCAUGCACCUUUUAGCCCUCAAGCCUUACAGAAAGCCGGAGCUAAUCCUCAGGUUGCAGAGAGAUGGGCUAUCUCAGCUGGACAAAGACUCUCUGGACAGUCACCUGCAACAGGUAGCUAACCUGAACAGCAAAGACAGCACCUUCACAUUGAAGGACUUCCUGCUUAAGGACAUCCAGAAGGACUGGCCCGGCUACACUGAAGGAGACCUGCAGCUUCUCAAAGGGAUUCUGUCCAGGAGACAAAACAGCUCCAAUCCUCUCCCUGCGAGUCCCCCCAAAGAGUCUGCCAGCAGUCCUCCUUCUCAGAAACGGCCUGCCGGCGAUUUCAUCGACCCUCUUGCCAACAAAAAGCCCAGGAUCUCCCACCUCGCCAGUAAAGCAUCAGCAGUUGACGGCAAACUGGGUUCCACCAAUGGGAGAGCAGAGUUGGGCUCAGACAGCGGCUCAGCGACCAACUCUCAGCAGCUUCCUGUGUUGGACAUCCCCCGCCCUUUUGAGGUCCUGUCAGACGUCAGCAAUGACUCCAGCCACAAUGGACGCGACUGCGACUCUCAGGAAAUACCCACGUCCGAGAGGAUUGGCCCGCAGCCUUCAUCCCUGUCUGUGUCCGCGGCGGCGGCUGCCAGCGCUCCGAGCAUCAGCAUGGCCCCCCAGGACAAAAACCCCCUGCCUCUCAAAAAGUCCAAAAAGAAGUCCAAAAAACAUAAAGUCAAAGAGAGGAGCAAAGGCAAGCAGAGAAGCAAGGAGAAAGAGGAGAUGAAAGGGAGGAGCAGCGGUGAGGAGCACACACCUGAGACGCACAGAGGCUGCGAGAAGACCCCCCAGGCCUGUAAAAGCAACAGUGGUCCUCUCACGGGUCUGAACGGCGUUUGCGACAGGAGCGGCGUUCCUCCUUCCUCUUCUCAGACGCCUGACUUUUUAUUGAAAUACUCAGAGAUCCGCUCUCCAGAGCAGCGCCAGAGGUAUAAGAACGAUUUCAAUGCGGAGUACAGCGAGUACAGAGCUCUGCAUGCUCGGAUAGAAGGCAUCACCCGACAGUUCACGGUGCUCGACAACCAGCUGAAACGGCUGCAACAAGGCACGGAGCAGUACAAGACAAUCCACAACCAGAUUCUUCAAGAAUAUCAUAAAAUCAAAAAGACUAAUCCAAACUACAGCCAGGAGAAGAACCGCUGUGAAUAUCUGCACAACAAGCUGGCACAUAUAAAGAAACUUAUCGCAGAGUUUGAUCAGCAGCAGCUCUGAAUGUUGUCUGCUGUCGUCUCCGGAGCCAAACGAGGGAAACCCGGACCCAACCAAGAAGGAAAUGCCAUGAGGGCCCCCCCCCCCCCCCCUUUUUUUUAGGGCCAAAGCUCAAGCGGGGGUCUUCACAGAACACAUGCUGAUUGUUUUGGUCCUGCCAUCCUUGAAGAUGUCUUCACCUCUGCUAGAGCCGCCCCCUCCAGCACACCGAGGUCUGAACGAACGGCACGCCGAAACGUUCCUUUUUCUUUUCCACUCAUUUCCUCCUUUGAAGCUUGGAGGAGACGAGGAGAUGUUUCUUCAAAUGCUUCUUCUUUUGUUUUCGGGUUAAAGACAGGAAAAUGUUGGACUCCAGCAGGCUCGCCUCAACCGGAGCUUUAUUUUUUUUUCUUUGUGAUCAGAACCGGAACGCCGUGUCUCUUUCAGUCCUCAUCCUGAAUGUUUGCUGCCUUGCCCGUUGGACGGAGUCUUUCUCUGUUGGAAAUAUGCAGAUGCUAGUGUCCCUUCAAGGGUUCUGCCCCCUCCCGUCAAGAGGGCAGGGUGGUAAGCUCUUUCUGGAGCUGCUGAGGACCCUGUUGUUCUCCAUCGUCUCCACGUUGCAUAAUGAAGGCCUCUGGUUCUUUUGAAGAACACGACGGUUCUUCAUCGGCAUCAGAACUUUGCAGAGUUCUUCCACAUGGAUUCUGCUGGAAUCCUGGUCCUUCUGACGCGACUGUUAGACUGUUGGGGUGAAGCCACGUUUGUUCAUCCUGGGGGUGUGACCGAAGCACAGAGGCUUCACCUGGACCCCCGUCUACGGACUUAAACCAGAACGAGUGCAUUUCUUAUCAGUGGUUGUAUGUGGAAAUGAAAAAACAGCACUUUUUCCUCUGACCUGGCUCUUAGAUGGGGGGAGGGGGGGCACGAUAAAUGAUUGUGAUGCUGUCUGUAGUUGAAAGGAAAAACUUCGCCAUAACACCAGAGCUGCACAGAACCAUGUCAGUAUUUUGAUGACAAACCAAAGUUCUUCAUCUCCUCGUCAUUUCUCCAGCUCGGGUUGUUUUGACUCUUUCUCCAAAAGAACGUUCUGUGUUUUCUGUUGGAUGAGCCUCGGUUGUUUCACAGGAGUUUCCGGAGAACUCUAUGUAACUUUGAUGCUCCUGAGUUCAUCUCAGGAACUGACGGGAUGUGAGAACCAACACCUGGUCCAGAACUUUUCUGACUGCAGUGUCGCCCUUCUCCUUGGAAGCCCCUGAACGCUGCUGUGUUACAUCUCUGAUAUGCUGAAUAAACCAAUGUUUCAGUAAAUACCCACCAGCACACAAGUGCCAGUGUGCAACCUGAAUGUGCCAAAAUGACCUGUUGUGUACUUUGUAGUUUUUCUUUAGUUUUGAAUACAAACCUGCUGCUGCAGAAACAAAGAGGGCUUUCAAAAUCAGCUGUGAACGGUUGGGGCUACAAUCCAAAGUAAGCUUUUGUAAACCACAAGGGACUGAGAUUCAUCUUUGUUUCAAUAAAAGAAUUCAAAAGUUAUGUUUGGAAAAUUC